AUUUGCAUGUUUGACCUAGCAGAAUAAUUGGGUCCACAGCAACAUGGGCGUGCCUCCCUUAGAAACACUUGGUUUCAUGUAUGACUCAUAAGCUGAAGCACAGACACCACUUCCCCAAUCUACAGGAGCCAUUUUAACAGCAUAAAACUUGUCGGAUUGCUUUUUAUUUUCAAGCUCAAAGGACGAUAUCUAAAGAGAAAAAAAUAUUUGAAGGCCAAGAAACUUGAGAGAAGAAAAUUUUCAGAAAAAUUGCUGCAAUUUGAGUAGAACAUCAAUGAACUCAGAAAAUUGGAAGCACCUUCCCUAAAGAAAACCUGAGAUAUAAUAAUUUCACAUAUUCAGCUGAGGGUUUUUACCCAAAUUGAGCACUGAACUCCACUGCCUGAUAUUUGCACCUGUUUGGAAUUUUUCUAAUGUGGAUCUAAGGGGAAUGCUUUAUUAUGGCUGCUGUUGUCCAACAGAACGACCUAGUGUUUGAAUUUGCUAGUAACGUCAUGGAGGAUGAACAACAGCUUGGUGAUCCAGCUAUUUUUCCUGCUGUAAUUGUGGAACAUGUUCCUGGUGCUGAUAUUCUCAAUGGUUAUGCCGGUCUAGCCUGUGUGGAAGAGCCCAAUGACAUGAUUACUGAGAGCUCACUGGAUGUUGCUGAAGAAGAAAUCAUAGACGAUGAUGAUGAUGACAUCACCCUUACAGUUGAAGCUUCUUGUCAUGAUGGGGAUGAAACAAUUGAAACUAUUGAGGCUGCUGAGGCUCUCCUCAAUAUGGAUUCUCCUGGCCCUAUGCUAGAUGAAAAACGAGCACAUAAUAACAUAUUUAGUUCAUCUGAAGAUGACAUUGUUGUUGCCCCAAUCACCCAUGUGUCCGUCACACUAGAUGGGAUUCCUGAAGUGAUGGAAGCACAGCAGGUACAAGAAACAUAUGAAGACUCACCAGGAGCCUCAUCACCAGAACAACCUAAGAGAAAGAGAGGGAGAAAAACUAAACCACCACGACCAGAUUCUCCAGCCACUACGCCAAAUAUAUCUGUAAAGAAGAAAAACAAAGACGGAAAGGGAAACACAAUUUAUCUUUGGGAGUUUUUACUGGCGCUGCUCCAGGACAAAGCUACCUGUCCUAAAUACAUCAAAUGGACCCAGCGAGAGAAAGGCAUUUUUAAAUUGGUGGAUUCUAAAGCAGUGUCUAGGUUGUGGGGGAAGCACAAAAACAAACCUGAUAUGAAUUAUGAGACCAUGGGAAGAGCACUCAGAUACUAUUACCAAAGGGGGAUUCUGGCAAAAGUGGAAGGCCAACGCUUGGUGUAUCAGUUUAAAGAAAUGCCAAAAGAUCUUAUAUAUAUAGAUGAUGACGAUCCCAGUUCCAGCAUAGAGUCCUCGGAUGCAUCACUGUCUUCCACUGCCACUUCAAGUAGGAAUCAAGCAAGCCGGUCAAGAGUAUCUUCAAGUCCAGGAGUAAAAGGAGGAGCCACUACAGUUCUAAAACCAGGGAAUUCUAAAGGUGCAAAAUCCAAAGAUCCUGUGGAGGUUGCACAGCCAUCAGAAGUUUUGAGGACAGUGCAGCCCUCACAGCCUCCAUAUCCAACCCAGCUUUUCCGGACUGUUCACGUAGUACAGCCAGUGCAAGCUGUCCCAGAAGGAGAAGCAGCCAUAACCAAUAGCAUGCAGGAUGAAUCGUUAAGUUCUUCCGUUCAGAGUAUUAGGACUAUACAGGCUCCAGCCCAGGUUCCAGUGGUGGUGUCUCCUGGGAAUCAGCAGUUGCAUACAGUAACACUCCAGACAGUGCCACUCACAACAGUUAUCGCCAGCACAGAUCCAUCAGCAGGUGCUGGAUCUCAGAAGUUUAUCUUACAAGCCAUUCCAUCAUCACAGCCCAUGACAGUACUGAAAGAAAAUGUCAUGCUACAGUCCCAGAAGCCAGGCUCUCCUCAUUCAAUUGUCCUGAGCCCUGCCCACGUACAGCAGGUUCUUACUAGCAACGUUCAGUCCAUUUGCAAUGGAACCGUCAGUGUGGCUUCAUCUCCAUCCUUCAGUCCUACAGCCCCUGUGGUGACCUUUUCUCCCCGCACUUCACAGUUGGUUGCUCACCCACCUGGCACUGUAAUCACUUCAGUUAUCAAAGCGCAAGAAGCAAAAACUCUUAUACAGGAAGUAGAGAAAAAGGAGGUUGAAGAUCAUUUGAAAGAAGACACCGAGAAAACUGAGCAACAGCCACAGCCUUAUGUGAUGGUGGUGUCCAGUUCCAAUGGGUUUACUUCUCAGGUAGCUGUGAAGCAAAAUGAACUUCUGGAGCCCAACUCUUUUUAGUUACUAUACCAAAGGUUAUAAAUGAUUGUUUUUUAAUUGAACAGUUUUCAUUGUAUGCAAACUAUCUGAUUGAUUCUAAGAUAAAUUCUACAGAGGUUCCUAAUUUUGUAAUUGUCAAAAAUAAUUUAGAGUUAAUUUUGGCUUUGUUAGAUGAGGGAGGAAAACCCAAGUGUUUCUCUUUGUUCUCUAAAUGUUUCAGAAGUCAGUUGUGAAGGAACAGGCAUUUUAUACUAUGAAGAUAUUCUUUUGAGAUUUUUUCAGUUGCUAUAUCAUAAGCAUUUUUGAAGUUACUUUGCUAAUUUUACAUGUAUUAGCUUUUCUGAUUCUUUUGUAAAUACAGUACUUAAAUGUAAGGCAACAGGACGUUUAUAUAGGAACUGUUUUCAUUCCACUUGUAUAAGUUAAGUCUUGACUCUUUCAAAUACAAAAAAACCUAUUUUAUGCUUUUUAAAAAUUUUGUCACUUAGAUUGACUUUUAGGUGACUGCACUGUAUAACGAACUAUGAAGAUGUAAAAUAACAUAAAAAAUUGAAAUGUGUCCAUGAUAUGACUGAACCUGUUUCAGAAACUGGAUGGUAUAAAAGCAUCAGUCUAAGAGUGACACUUCCACUACUAGCUAUGUAACUUGGGCAAGUCAUUUAGUUCUUUUCAUAAAAGGAAGGGAUGCAUUGGACUAGACUAGAUGAUCUCAAGUUUUCCUUCUAGUUCUAAUUUUUUUUCUAACACCAAUAUUUUAAAGUUCUGUCAAUUAAAACAUUAUCAGACUAUUUCCUAAUAUUGUAGAAUAGCGAAAAUAUUGCAGAAAAAUAGGUGAUCCCUGCCCCCCCAAUUCAUUUUUCUAUUCUCAGUAAAACUUGCCUUAAAAUCCUUCCUGAUAGUUCGUUUUUUAGAUCACUGUACAUUGUGGUCCAUUAGUAAACUUACGUUGCUGAGUGCUAAAUGGUAUACUGCUAUUCUGAGAGAGUCAAGGCUCUUUCUUAAGGGCCAAGAAAGCAACUUGAGACUUGGGCUAAUCUGGCUAAGUAGUCAGUUGUUAUAAAAGCAUAAUUACUUUAUAUUUUGGAUUAUUUUUUAUUGGGGGUGGAGUGGGGGGGGAAAUUGCAUACAAAGAUACCAUAUAUAUCCAAGUUUCUGAAAUGAAAUAGUUUUUAGAUUACUUUUUCAACUGUAAAUAAUGUACAUUUAAUGUCACAAGAUAAUUUUUUCUGCAAAUUUUCUAGUAUAGCAAAGAGAAAUUUUUGUAGAUGAAAAAUCAUGUUUAGAGGCCUAAUGUUAUAUGUUUUCAUAUUACAGAGUGAAUUUGUAUUUAAACAAAAAUUUAAAUUUUGGAAUCCUCUAAACAUUUUUGUAUCUUUAAUUGGUUUAUUAAAUAAAUCAUGUAAAAAUUCUCA